AUGUCAACGAAUCAACUGCCAACGAGAAGAGCAAGAACAACCAAAAAGAUUAUUGAUAUAGAUAGUGAUGAUUCAGGCUUUUCUAACUUUUCUGACGACGGGAACAGAAGCGAUUACAAUCCGACAAAAAAUAUAGAAAGUGAUGCCGAAGGUGAAGGCAACAGUGACUAUGGACCUUCAAGUAAAACAAACGCUUUACACAGCGGAAAAACUGUAGAAGAAAUAUAUCAAAAGAAGACACAAAUUGAGCAUAUUUUAUUACGACCAGACACUUACAUUGGGUCUGUUGAAUUUGUAACUGAAAAACUUUGGGUUUACGACUCGGAGACGGAUUCUAUGGUAUAUAAAGAUGUAACUAUAGUCCCCGGACUUUACAAGAUCGUUGAUGAAAUAUUGGUUAACGCUGCUGACAAUAAGAUUCGAGAUCCUUCAAUGAGCACUAUAAAG